AUGACAGAAGAAUCUGAAAUAGUCCAAAAAACUUGGACUAUUGUUAAGUUUGUAGAAGAAGAUACUGUUGCCACGGUUCCCACAGUGUGGAUAACUAAUACCGAAAAUGGCUGGAAUUGUUUUUGGCCUCCACUGCCAGCAAACAAAAUAUCGGUAGCUGUAAAGACUCACCAGAUUAAUACCUGUUGGCCAUCAUUUAAAGUUAUCAUGUUCAGAAAUGCCACUUAUGUGAGAACUUUGAGCAAAGAAGUACAUCAAAAGGUAUGCUUAAAUUUGGAACCAACUUUUCAAUCACAAGGCUAUGAUCACAACCUGUUCGAACAGAAUGACAACUUUGAGCAAAGAAGUACAUCAAAAGACAAGAACCAGAUGCUUAGUCCAAAUGAGAGAUGCAAUACAAGACAAGAAGUUAGACAAGAAAAUAAUCCUGUUAAUUGUAAGUAUUGUCCUGUUCAUGUUUAUUACACAAAAGAAACAUUAAAUCAAAUUAUGUUUCUUAAAAGCCGAGUGAAUGACAUUCCCAUUGAGCCAGUUUUGAACUCUAGUUUAAACCAUUUAACUCAACAAUUUGAGAAAUCACUCUUUGAAAAGCCAGUGAUAAAUGAAGAAGCCCUCUCAGAACUAAAUGAAGCCUUAAAAAAUGCGGAAUAUUUUGAGAAAGCAGUUAAUGAACUAUCUAGAAUAGGAGGAAGAAACAUUUAUGACUUCUGUGUUAGAUGUUAGCUAACCAAUAUAGUUGGCUAAACAGAAGAAUUAAAAAGAAAUUCAGCGAAAUGGAAGUCUCAAAGUUAAUUAUGGAUGCAACUAAAAAACUAGGCAGGAACUAUGUACCGGAUUUCACAUGGGAAUUGGUCAAACGAUAUGAACGUAAUUGCACAAUUGCCGUUAGAUUCCGAGGUUGAUCCCUUUUUUUGACUAAGAUGACUAUACUAUCUCUGGCUGGCUUAGAAGAGCGAAUGAUAGAUUAAAAUCAAAAAGGAACUGAGUUAAUUUUGUGUUCAAUUUUGAAAUAAAAAUAAUACAAACCCCACCGAUUCUA